ACCGAAAAUUAUUAUUUAUGUGUUAGACAGUAGAUAGUAACUAGUUGGAUGGUGGAGUUUUUUAAAAGUACUUAUUCCAUGGUCCUUGGACCACGGGAAGAAACCUGCAAUUUCAAAUAAUCUAUUAAUGUAUUAAAUAACUUGUUUUUUUGAUUGUGUUCAGUGAAUUAACUUCGCAACGACAUGGAUCCGGAACCAAAUCCAGUCGGUCGGUUUUUAAAAAGAGUAAUUUACAUUCUGGAUGCACCAGUCGAAUAUUUCCGAGAAAAUAUUGUUCUACCGAAUCAAAAGAAGUAUCCCUGGUAUCAUCAAAAAUUUCGUCGAGUUCCAACAAUUGAUGAAUGUCAUGAACUCGACGUAGUUUGUAUCCAGGAAGCUAAUUCACAAUUUUUACGUGAUAAAAUGGUGGAGGAUGAAAUACUUAGUAUAUUAAGAAAUCGUUAUGAACAUUGUUGUUGGGUACAUGGUGAUGAUAGAGAAACCAUGUGUAAAGAUUUAUAUAAAACUUAUGAAGAUACUGCCAAUGCCUGGUUCAUAAAAUAUGGUGAUCUGGGUAUAAAACUUGAUGCACGCAGUGCAUUUAUGAAACAAAAGCACCGUAUGAUUUGGGAACGAAGACAUGGUCCUGUUGGUAGCGGUAUGAAUAAUAAAUAUGCAUAGAUUGUUAACUGAUGUAACAUAUAUAUCUCAGUUUCUGAUAAAACUGUGUUUGCAUCAUUGUAUAGACUC